ACCUUGUUCUAGCCCCCCCCCACGCUAUGCGGCUGUCCCGGCUGUGCCCCAAGGUGAGCCUCCUCCUGGCCAUGGUCAUCUUUGUGCUGCUGCUCCUGUCUCGCGUGUUGCCACCCACCUGCCCCACCCCCGAGAGGUCCUCAGAUCCCCAGGAGGUCUCCAUGUGGCCCCCGGACUCCCUGCGCGUGGACCCUGCCCUAUGCCAGGCCAACUUGUCGGUGGCCGCGCACCCCGACUUCGCGGCGCUGCCCACGCACGUGCGUGAUUUCCUGCUGUACCGGCACUGCCGAGAAUUCCCGGUGCUGCAGGAGCCAUGGGCCACCAAGUGCGCACAGCCCGUGUUCCUGCUGCUCGCUAUCAAGUCGUCGCCAGCCAACUACGGGCGCCGCCAGGUGCUGCGCAGCACGUGGGCACGCGAGCGGCAGGUGCGCGGGGCACUGCUGCGCCGCCUCUUCCUCGUGGGCAGCGACCGCAACCCGCUCCAGGCGUGCAAGUUCAACCGGCUACUGGAACUGGAGGCACGGGCUCACGGCGACAUCCUCCAGUGGGACUUCCACGACUCCUUCUUUAACCUCACGCUUAAACAGGUCCUCUUCCUGGAGUGGCAACGGACUCGCUGCCCCAACGCCAGCUUCGUGCUCAACGGAGAUGAUGACGUUUUCGCGCACACAGAUAACAUGGUCACCUACCUUCAAGGCCACGACCCGGACCGCCACCUCUUCGUGGGUCACCUGAUCCAGAACGUGGGCCCCAUCCGCGUGCCUUGGAGCAAGUACUUUGUGCCCACGCUGCUGUCGGCAGAUGAGUACUACCCGCCCUACUGCGGCGGAGGCGGCUUCCUGCUAUCGCGCUUCACUGUGGCCGCACUGCGUCAUGCCGCGCGCGUCCUCCCAGUCUUCCCCAUCGACGACGUGUUCUUGGGCAUGUGUCUGCGGCAGCAGGGUCUGGCGCCUGCCUCGCACAAUGGGGUGCGCACGGCGGGGGUGCAUGCCCCCAGCCCCCGCCUUUCCUCUUUCGAUCCCUGCUUCUACCAGGGGCUGCUCCUAGUCCACCGCUUCCUGCCAUACGAGACCCUGCUGAUGUGGAAUGCGCUGAGCCAGACCCAGCUCUCCUGUGGCAAGAAGAGCGGGGUCUACUGAGAUACUGCGGGGUCAGCAACCUUCUGCUCCUGUCAGGAACUAGCAGCCAGCUG